AUGGCGGCAUCCUUUGGGAAUACGGCGCAUGCGCGUGCUCACCUUCCAAGGUUCCCCUCGGCGGCGUCUUCCGCUUUCGAGAUUUUGCGCGCGGACUCGGACCCGGAGCGGUUAGGAGGAAGCACGCUUCCUGCAGGCGGAGGAGCGCUUGGGGCAGGUGAGGUGCGGGAGGCAGCGCUUUGCAAAGGGUCGCUCCUGCUUUCAUUUUCCCGGGAGGGUUGUGAGCCAAGCCGUUUGCAAACUCCCAGGAGAGAGUCCUGGGCACGGGCUUGCGGGUGCGUUUAACUUUGGAACUGGGUGCGUUUAAUUUCAUGUCCUCGGAGCGAGUCACAUCCGUGCGCGCUUCCUUGCAUUAAAAGGUAAAGGUACCCCUGCCCGUACGGGCCAGUCUUGACAGACUCUAGGGUUGUGCGCUCAUCUCACUCUAGAGGCCGGGGGCCAGCGCUGUCCAAAGACACUUCCGGGUCACGUGGCCAGCGUGACAAGCUGCAUCUGGCGAGCCAGCGCAGCACACGGAACGCCGUUUACCUUCCCGCUAGUAAGCGGUCCCUAUUUAUCUACUUGCACUUAAGGGUGCUUUCGAACUGCUAGGUGGGCAGGAGCUGGGACCGAACGACGGGAGCUCACCCCGCCGUGGGGAUUCGAACCGCCGACCAUGCGAUCGGCAAGUCCUAGGCGCUGACGUUUUACCCACAGCGCCACCCGCGUCCCGUUUUCCUUGCAUUACGCUUGGCUGAAAUCUGUACAGAUCGCGAUAGGAUCUUUGAACUGGAUGGGGCUUGCUCUCCAGGAAGCGCGCUCAAGAGUCCAGCCUUGCAUCAGAAUGGUUAGGAUCCCUUUGCCGGAAACAGAUACAGUACAGUGGUUACAUACGCUUCAGGUUACAUACGCUUCAGGAUACAGACUCUGCUAACCCAGAAAUAGUGCUUCAGGUUAAGCACUUUGCUUCAGGAUAAGAACAGAAAUCGUGCUCCGGCGGCGCGGCAGCAGCAGGAGGCCCAUUAGCUAAAGUGGUGCUUCAGGUUAAGAACAGUUUCAGGUUAAGUACGGACCUCCGGAACGAAUUAAGUACUUAACCCAAGGUACCACUGUACAGUAAAGGUAAAGGGACCCCUGACCAUUAGGUCCAGUUGUGGCCGACUCAGGGGUUGCGGCGCUCAUCUCGCUUUAUUGGCCGAGGGAGCCGGCAUACAGCUUCUGGGUCAUGUGGCCAGCAUAACUAAACCGCUUCUGGCGAACCAGAACAGCACACGGAAACGCCAUUUACCUUCCCGCCGGAGCGGUACCUAUUUAUCUACUUGCACUUUGAAGUGCUUUCGAAUUGCUAGGUUGGCAGGAGCAGGGACCGAGCAAUGGGAGCUCACCCCGUUGCGGGGAUUCGAACCACCGACCUUCUGAUUGGCAAGUCCUAGGCUCUGUGGUUUAACCCACAGUAAAGUACUUGUGAGCAAACAUGCCCAGCUGUCCUCCUGCAGCUUCUUCCUCCUUGACCUUCCCUCCAACUGCAUUUCUUCCCAAAAGCUUCACCUUUCUUUCCCUAAGAUAUCUCUCUUUAAAGAAGUCCCUGCUAUAUCGAAUCCUUGUACUGGGGCUGGUGAGAGAGAGAGUGCAAUUGAAACAGCAUCUGGAAGGUCGCAGGUUCCUCACCCCUUUUCAGUCCAGGGGCCGCUUUCUCUUCUCAGCAACUUUCCAGGGCUGCAUGCUAGCAAUGGGGGCAUGCGCCCUAGGCGAAAGCAGUUGGAGCAACAAGUACAGAUUUUGCCUUUCCACAGUGUGCCAGUUUCUUCACACAGUCUCAUUGUCUCACACACCCCUCUCGGUCCUCCAUCCAGAAAAGCAAGAAGCAUUAUGGUCAUAUCUGCAUUAUACGUUUAAAGCAGUAUCAUGGCACUUUAAACAGCUAUGGCUCCCUCCAAAGAAUCCUGGGAUUUGUAGUUAAAGGGUGCUGAGAGUUGUAGGAGACAAUCUAACUACAGAGCUACAGUUCUCGUGUUGGUUUAACAAUCAGUUCUACCCAUGGAACUCUGGGAAUUGUAGCUCCAUGAGAGGAGUAAAGAUCUCCUAACAGUUAUCAGCAGCUUUAACAAACUAUGCUUUCCAAGAUUUUCUAGUGCCCACCACGACUCUUUAAAAUGAUCUGGUACUGCUUUAAAUAUAUAGUUCAGAUGGGCCUAUAAAAGUUCAAGCCAGGCAAAAGAACUCAAGGAGGAUGUAAAAAAGGGCCAUUAGUAAUGGGACAAAUAUAUGCAAAUGCUUAGACUUCUUUUUAGUUGCUGGUAGUUUGAACUAGGAGGCUAUUCCAACCUGGUGUCCUCUAGAUAUUCUGGACUGCAUCUCCUCCCACCAGCCGGCAUAGCCAAUGAUCAAAUAUGAUGGCAGCUGUUGUUCAAAGCAUCUGGAGGGCACCAGGCUUGGGGAGGCUGGGCUAUGCCGAUAGCUUAAUGGAAAAGGUAAGUUUUGAAGGUACAAAAUGUUUUAAGAAUAUGAAGGCUUAAUGAGAAUCUUUAGAAGAAAAUUUUUUAAAUUGCAAGAACACUUUGUAUGUUCUUUUAAAAUAGAGAUUGAAAAUGGAAGUAGACGUUUGAUUGAAACAUACUCUUGGCGUACUGGACUGUCUCACUACUGCAGCCUUCCCCCACUUCUAGUGAGGAGGUGCCUACAAUUCCAUGUGCCGCCCAGUUUGUGCUUGGAGAUGUCAUCCAAUCUGUCCUACUACGCUUUACGGAUGGCCCACUUGAGCGCUCGGAUAUUUGGAGAAGUGGCUCGCCCAACUGAUGCAUCGUCCAUGAAAGUCGUGAAGCUGUUAAGCGAGCAGCCCUAUGCGAAACGGAAGGAAGUUUAUGGCUGGUAUCCUCCGCACAAUACCUACCACAACCUCAUGACGAAACUUCGCUACUAUGGUCUCUACAGGUGAUCCAGGCGAGGGGGUGAUGAUGAAGGGAGAAUAGGGGACUGAGAGGAGAAGGUGGCUCCUUAUAAUCUACAGCUGGUGAAGGUGGUUUGAGCCUGCUUCUUUGCUUCGGGCAGAGAGGAAGGAACCAUGUGUUUUGUGUGCACAAGAUUUCAAAUUCAGGUCUUUUUAGUGGAAUCGAGAGAGGGGAACCUUCAGCUCACCAGCUUUUAUUUAUUGAUUCAUUUAUAUACCACUGCACUACAAUAGCCAAAGUGUUUUACAAAGAUAAAAUACAAAAAAUUAAAACCAGUUAAAACUAUAAAAUCAGAUAUCAAUAAAAAUGCCUACUGAAUUAAAGUCUUCAGCCCAACAGGGAGGGGACUUGUCUGACUUCAGCUGGAAGGGAGUUCCAUAAAACUGGACCCACAACGCUGAAGGUAGCUUUAUUGCUGGAUAUGAGCCAUGGUUUCCUGUUUUCUCUGUUAUCAGGCCAGCGUCUUCCAAACAACAUUUUAAGCCAUGAAAUAUAGCUUUUUUUGACAUCAUACUGGCUUCAUAAUGCUUUUCGCAUAACAGACAGUGCAUGCUGCUAUUUUUAAAUCCGGUAUUACAGCCAUCCAGGUGUUCUCUGUUGCUGGGGAGAAAAUGUCACAGCUGCCCAUUUCACAGGAGGGCAUCCCUUUGGUGUAGGAAAGAUGUAAAUUACACACUUGGCUCUUGCAAGCACCUUUCUUUAGCAGGUCUCUUACUCAGAGAUGCCUGCAUGGGUUCACAGUCUCACUUUUCAGAAAUGCAUUUGGCUGCAGGCAAAUAGUCAGUAGGCAUUUUAUGGGGGUGGAACAAAAUCACGGCCUGAAAGGUACUUCAUGAACAUCUAAUAAUAUUAGCAGCUUGACAGCCUUAGGCAAACGACAUUAUCUCGCUAAUGGACAAGUAGAGCAACUCGGAAAGGUAAAUCAAAAUUAAAGCUCUAAUUCAGUUCAAGGCUCUUUAAUCAAAGUUGGCUUUAUUAAAAGGCAUACUCUGAUCCUAUGAAGUGUAAGCAGAAUGCUUCCUGCAGCCAAACAAGACACGUGAAGCGAUUUCUCUCUUGGGUCUCAUUAAAGCUCCCCCACCCCCUUCAAAACUUUUGCAUGAUCCCUGGCAGUUUUAAUAAUACCACAUUGACAGAAGGGUACAAGUUUCAAUAAUGUGUUAAGCGGGAAGACUAAAAGGAUAACUAGUGAAGGAUAAAGAGUACUUUGCAAGAAAUCUUUUUUCUUGGCUGCAAGGGGAAUUUGUAUUGCUCUUAGCUGAGGCAUUUCUAUGAGUCUUUACAUAGGCCAUCACAUUAUUGUACCUCAAACCUGGAUUCCUGAAAGGCAUUGGUCUCAAUUUCCAUUUUAUGAAAGUAUAUACCUAGCCCUCAUGGUUGUGACUUGAAAAUUAUGGACUAUGGUCAGUAGCAUUGCUAUCAUUAAGGAUCAAACUUAAAUAUUUAUGCUCUAUAAGUCUAAGAAGUUGGUUUUAUUAGAAGAUGAGUGAGAUGUCACCUUCUCUACACAUACAUACUUACCUCUUCAGGUCACCCUUUAGGUUCUGGUCUGGUUCACACAUGACGUUAAACCAUGGUUUGACUGAUUAUCCACACCCUCCCCAGCAGCUUAACUAUGGCUUGUUUGCUGUCACAAACCAUGAUUUGAAGCCAGGGUUUGUUACUGGUAUAAGAACCUUGGUUUAUUUUUUAACAAUGACUUGGUGUUGCAUGCAAAUGCGACACCCUUCUUUAGCAAUGGCUUGAUUGGGCCAUCCCACUGGACAUGUUCAUUAAGCUUCAAAAGCAAAACAUCCAGAAGACAAACCCAAGCUUUUCACAAAACAAGGCAUGCAUGGUUUGUUAUCUGUGCUACAGCUUACCCAGGCCUUUGAUAGCUGAAAGUUCUGCCCCUCGUGACCCUGAAAUCAUUGAUUUGAGGGUUUUUAACUAGUUUUAAAAGGUUGGUUUAACGGAUUCUGGAAGUUUUAAUAGUGUUAUUUUAGCGCUGACAUGUCAGGCCUCCUUUUGGAGAAAGAACAGGAUAUAAAUUCAAUAAAUAAAGUCAAAUCAUACCUUGUUGAAACCAUGGUAUAGUGUUAUGUGCAAAGCUGGCCUAUGAGCUGUUUGAGAAAACACUCGCUAAAGAAAUAAACAUGAGGCAUGUCUCCUGUUUCUCAUUCAAACCCAUCCAACCUUAUGGCUAUCCCAUUUCAUGUAAGAAAAUAUUGCAACUAUGUUUGAACACUAAAUACUAGGCAAAAUGUGCAGGCAUUGUUCUCAUCCAUUUAGUUUGAAACUUGCCUGCUCUCACUUUUCAAUUAUGUUCCUCCCCCUUAAAAAAAAUAAAUUAAAAAUCCCUGCAGAUACCAACGCUUCGGUGCUUUUAACCAGCUUUGUUUCUUUCAUUUCAGAGAUGAACACGAAGAUUUCAAAGACGAGAUGAAACGGCUGAAAAAGCUGCGCGGGAAAGGACGCCCUGUGAAAGGAGAAGGAAAGAGAGCGCUGAAGAAGAAAUAACGCUGUUGUUGCAGUAGACCUUGUAUUUAAUAAACACAUCUUGGACAGAUGGUGACUGUUUACUAGACUUUCAGUAGGCCGGGGAAUUUAUCUCAAGAUGAGGCAUCCUUUGCAAACAUCUUGCCCCUAUAACAUAAGGAAGAGAAAGGCUGUAACAGAUUCAUCUGCAUGACCCCGUCAAUUUUGGUGGUGGUGGCGAUAGCAAAAAGAGGGUGGACCCACUCUCUGCUGGGGUUAGCAGAGGGGGUGUCCUGAGGACUUGCGGCCUCCAGAGGGUGGGCCAAGGAUGAAUGUUGCCCAGAGGAGCCAACCCCUAGAGACAAAGGUCCCUUCCCCACCCCAAAGAAAAAUAUUUGAAGGUGCCAGGCCAUAGUUGACAAACAUGGCCAUUCAAAUGGUGUGCAUGCCCUGCGUCUUGUGAUCGAUUAUGCAGGGUGGGGCUUACCUCGGCCCUCCCAAUAUUUUAUUCCAGUUGCCACCCUGACGUUGCCCCUGAGCAAAAAUAGUUUAGCUAGCCGGUCCUGUUUAGUAGUAUUAUCAGUAGUGGUAGCGGAAGUAGUACAGUGGUACCUUGGGUUACAUACGCUUCAGGUUACAGACUCCACUAACCCAGAAAUAGUGCUUCAGGUUAAGAACUUUGCUUCAGGAUGAGAACAGAAAUUGUUCUCCGGUGGCGCGGCGGCAGCAGGAGGCCCCAUUAGCUAAAGUGGUGCUUCAGGUUAAGAACAGUUUCAGGUUAAGAACGGACCUCCAGAACGAAUUAAGUACUUAACCAGAGGUACCACUGUAUUACAAUUUGUUAUGCCAAGUUCCCAGGGCAAAUUGCGACAAUUAAAACACAACACAAUAUUACAAACAGAUUGAAACAAUUUUAAGAUUACGGGAAAUAAGGCAGGCAUUGGGGGGGGGGACACAAAUCUCAAGUGUUAAAAGCUAGGGUAAGGAGUUAAGGUAGGGUCGUCUUAUAGAGUGACGUGUAGCUUAGUGGCAGAACACCUGAUUUCUCUCACCGUUUCCUCCAACCUGCCUUUAAGAUGAUGGUGGCUGCCAAGGCCAUUCUUUAAAAUCACGGGCUUAAUUGCAUCUCAGCUGGAGGACACUGGCUGUCACUCUACAUCCUUUAUUGAAAUGUAUAUAAUUGGUUGCAUACCGAAAAGUGAUAUAAUAUAUGCUGUGAGAAAUAAGACAUGUUAUUUGCCUAAGAACUACAUGGUUAACUGAAAUAUGCAUUUGUCUUAGAAGUGUGCAAUAAAUUACAGUGAGGUCCUGG